GGAAGUAUGGAGAGAGAUGAAAGUUUUACCCAGUUCUCUGGACAGUAUUCUGUUUCUGCAGAAAGAUGCAGUCCAAGCUCUGGCAAUGGAUCAGUGCUGGUACCAUGGGAACAUCACUCGCUCCAAGGCUGAGGACCUGCUCUCCAAAGUGGGAAAGGAUGGCAGCUUCCUAGUGCGGGCCAGUGAGUCGAUCUCCUCGGCGUACGCACUCUGUGUUCUGUUCCAGAAUUGUGUUUAUACCUACAGGAUUCUACCCAAUAAAGAAAAUAAGCUAAUUGUCCAGCUCUUACACUAA